UACUAUCGCAUGACUAGUCGAUAUGGUGUUUUUUCCUUUCCGCAAUGUGCCCAGCUGGCAAUUGUCAAAUACGUUUUAGAAAUAAAGCAAAAUAAUAGAAUUAAUCAUGGACGGUGAUCGUACAAAGAACACAGAUUCUCAAUUUAUAUCAUUCCAUGAUUUUUCUACGAUGAAUCAGCCAAGUAACGUUGGCCAAGCACAACUUGACAUUGGUGCUUCCACUCAUCAAACUUUUAAUAAUUUACCAAAUGAUUCUACAGGAAUCGGUAUUCUUGAAGAUCUACAUGGUAUACCCAACAGAAAUGAAGAUAUACCUCAGUACAGUUUCUGGACAAUUGAAUAUUAUCAGAAGUUUUUUAAUGUUAAUACCAAUGAUGUAUUAGAACGUAUCAAAAGAUCAAUGUUUCCUCAUACUACUGAAAAUUAUUUGGUAACGCACAUAAGACCUAAUCCAGAUUUGUAUGGUCCAUUUUGGAUAUGCGUUACAUUAGUAUUCUCAAUAGCAAUAAGCGGUAACAUGGCUAAUUAUUUACAAACGGCCAAUUCUAGUCAUUAUCAUUGGAGAUAUGAUUUUCAUUUAAUAUCAUAUGCUGCAAUUUCAAUAUUCUUAUAUGCUUGGCUUUUACCACUUGUCUUAUGGGGUGCAUUGAAGUGGACAACAAGUAUGAGAAAUACGGAAGAAGAAUUGAUAGAAUCAUACGCAUCUCCAGGACUUUUAGAGAUUAUAUGCCUUUAUGGAUAUUCUUUAACCAUUUACAUUCCAGUUGCAUUUUUGUGGACAAUACAAAUCAAUUGGUUACAGUGGACUUUAGUGAUAAUAGCUACAUUUUUAUCGGGUGGUGUAUUGCUUCGUUCAUUGUACACUGUUAUCUCAGGAAAGCAUAGAAUAAUAUAUAUUACCAUAAUACUUGGUAUGCAUCUUCUUCUGGCAACAGGUUUUAUGAUAUAUUUCUUUCAUGUACCGUCCAAAAUAUUACCGCAACAAGCAAACGAAAUAUUAUCUUCCGUAUUAUCAUCUACAGAAAAUAUCAAUAAUAAAAUGAUGAUGGAAAGCGUUGUUCUAAAUAAAACGAUUAAAACUUAAUGAGACAUUCUAUAGAAUAUAUUUGAUAAGAAUUUCAUGAGAUCCAUUCGUUGACAUAAAUUAAAAAAUGUAUUCGAAUGUAUCAUACAAAUCGCACAUAAUAUUGAAAUGGAAAAUUUAUAAAAUUUAUGUUCUUAUAAAGGUAAUAAAAACCUUAUUUUUUACUUUACCUUUAAAACAAUCCGUAUAUAGAUAUAAUCAAGUAAAAAUCAAAACUCUGAAAAAGAAAGAUGAGAAAAAACUCCAGGAUUCCUUAAUAAAAACCAUAAUGAUAAUCGUUUUGAUAUGGAAAAAAAAAAAAAAAAAAAAAA